ACCCAACUUCCACACCCACCAUUGUACGCUUGACGAGAUAUCACUACUCAGAUUUCCAUCACGCACGCCCUGCCGCCCCCAGAACUCUUCGUCGACCGACGCCGGACCGCCGCUACGCUCCCCCCAAGCUCCCUAAUACGCUGCGCUCCCGGCGCUGACCCCCCCGACGACGAGACCUGAACACCUGUCACCCACGCCUCUCCCCUCUCCACCCGAAAGUCGAGUCCUCGAGUCGUCCCUUGUUCACGGUCACUCCGCUACACGGUCGCGCACUCGCGAGCCCUCCCUCUCGGCCCCCGACCGGUGCUUCUCCCCAACCGCUCCCCCAUGUAGGGACUUUCCACCAGACUUCCUUCCUUCAACAUCACCCACCCGCUCGCUUCGUGAGCCACCCGGCCUGCCGCGACUCCAAGGGCAGGCUCUCCACCAUCAAGCCUCCACCGCCGCCAAUACACCUCCAUGGUCCCACCACCUCGAGCGGGAUCAUUUUCGCCCAAUCCUGCGCAGACACUUCAGACGGGAUCGAGUCAUUCACCCCACCCAUCGCAGGCUGCCAUCCUCAGCGCUGGCGCAAGCCCCAGCGCCAGCAGUCCAACGGGCACCAACUCUCUGACCAAGAUCGUCGUGGCCCAGGUCUAUCUCCUGCUAAGCACUAUCAAGGAGGAUAAGGACCGCGCCAAGUGGGAACUGCAGGUUGAUCAAUUGAAAAAGCUCAUCGAUGAACACGGUAUGGAAGUCUUCUCCAAAUACUUCACACGGUUGGUCGCCGGAAAUGCGCCGCAGAUAUUUCCCGGCCUCAACCGGCCUGUCUCGAAUCCGGGAAACUACCACAUCCUCGUGGGGGAGAUGCGAAAGAUCGCGCAUGAUGCUGAGCAAGCAAGUAAGAUCGCCGAGUCGAUAGAGAGCGGAACCGAAGAUAUAUUUCGCGACUUCGAUCUCUCGACUUUCAUGGAACAUUUCAAACUUGAUGCGCUGGAGAAGACCCUGUUGGCUCUGGCGUUCAAAAUUGGCUCCCGAGGAGAUCUCAAGACCAAAGCUGAUGCCAUUUUAUCGACCAAUUUCCCAACAUUUGUUGACAUUAUAUCGCGUCCUGAAAUCGAAGCGCAUGCCGAUUUAAGCCCCACGUUUAUCGCCCUCAUCGUCGAUCGAUUUAUCCAACAUCAUCCUCCCAGUUUCAACGCCUCAUCUCGACGCGAUCUUCAAAACUAUGUUGCAAAGCGAUAUAUUAGUAUGGAUCUAGCGCCUCCUUCCGAGGUUCUUGCGGCUCUCGAUCUUGGUCGAGUUGUUGCGGAGCGGCCUUCGAACGCACUGGCGCGCUACAUCCAGAAGACUGGUGUCGACUUCACCCGAGAUGAGGACACUUGCGUGUCGUAUCUUCAGAACCGCCCCAGCAGCAUGCAGCUGACUCCCGAUCAAGCGUCUGCAGCUUUGACCUUCGCCACCAUCAGCCAAACACCGCAACACGAUCCCAGUGUUUUGGUUGCUGCGCUUCGACGAGUUGUUCCGAAGUCCUUUGAAUGGGUCGAAGUGGUUGCCUUCUUCGACCAACCAUCAGCUCGCAUCUCUUCUCAACAGUUCUUGCGCCUAUACAAUGCUCUGCUACCCGUGGCUCAAGAUUCCAAAUCUGUCCUGGACAUUCAACGACUUUGGGGAGGUGCUUGGACCGAACCUGAAGCGCAGCUCUCCUUCGUAAGCGCUUAUGCUUCACUAACGCCUGAGCAGCUGGAUGCGACCACGAUCCCUGGACUGCACCGAAGUAUCACCCUCGAUGACUAUGUCAACUCACCUCCCAACGUCCGCGAGCGAGCCGCGGUGGCGGUCAAACAUCCUUUAGUAUCCGUGGCUGCGCUUUCCUCGAUCUUCAAUGUGGCACUCAGUUCGGUUCAUGCGUCACAAAGCGUCGAGGCGAAGCGGCUAUUCCAGGAGGUUGUUGUACCUAACCUUGACAUUUUUCUCGUGUCUGCCUUUGAGGUUCCCCGACAGUCAUGGGCCACGAUGGCCGUCGAUACCCUCAACUCACUCUUCGAAAACUUCCUGUACAAACGAUCGCCAGAGUACGAUUUUGUUCUUGAUAGCCUCUGGAAGAAGGACAAGGAAUGGGUGACGCAACGGCUGAUUGACGCCCAUGCGGUCAAACCCGUCGACCUUCCCCUAGUCUUCGAGCACGCAGUCAAACAUAAGUGGCUAGAUGGGCUUGUGUAUUUGCCAAACGGCUUUGGUCUCGACCUGGCUGCCUUGGCUCAUGCCGAAGGAUACCUGGACCUCUCAAAGUGGGCUCGGUUCAAUGCUGACCGGAGUAGCGAGAUCUCUCGUACCCUCUUGCAGUUCUUGAUGAUCAAAGCCAGCCUAGAGAUUCAGUGGCAACGAUUCCCACCCGAUCCUCCCGUCAAGACUAGUACCACUCUUCAAGUUUGCACCGUCUCCGCAUUACUGGCGAUUCUUGAGGACUUCUUACCCAAAGCUCCCGUUCAAGACUUGAUCCUCGUGCAACGCAACUGCAUCACGGCUUACCCGCGAUUGAUCAACUACGGCGAAGGCUACGAUGAAAUUAUCGAUGCAAACGGCAAGGAUGGCAACGCUCUACCUCUGGCCGCCAACAGCAAGAUGGAGGAGCACUACAAGAAGAUGUACAGCGACGAGAUUCAGGUCCGCAAUAUCGUCGAGGUGCUAGACCGAUACAAGCACUCCAGGGAUCCCUUGGACCAAGAUGUCUUCGCGUGCAUGAUCCAUGGACUUUUCGACGAGUACAACCACUACGUGGACUAUCCACUAGAGGCUCUUGCAACAACGGCGGUCUUGUUCGGUGGCAUUGUUUCUCACAAGUUGAUCUCGGACCUCCCCCUUAAGAUCGGACUUGGAAUGAUCUUGGAGGCUGUUCGGGAUCACAUGCCGGAUGACCCCAUGUACAAGUUUGGUUUGCAGGCCCUGAUGCAGCUGUUGGUACGUUUCAGAGAAUGGCCAGGGUUCUGCAAACAGCUUCUACAAAUCCCGGGCCUUCAAGGCACAGAAGCUUACAAGAAGGCGGAGGACGUCGUUCAUGAUCAUGAGGAUGAGGUUGUUCGCGGUCGCAACGGAGCCGGGACCCCACUUGCCUUCCCUGCUGAUUCGUUCGCUAAUGGGAAUCCUGAGGAGCCAGCCACCAUUGAUCGGCAACCGCCCGCCUUCAACUCUAUCAACGUGGACCCUCAUCCCCAGGGCACCGAGUUUGAUGAGCCUGGUGAGGAUGAUCAGGACAAGGUUCAGUUUGUCCUGAACAACAUCACCGAGGGAACAUUGCGUUCAAUGUGCAAGGAACUACGCGAGACCAUGGAGCGCAAGCAUCAGCAAUGGUUUGCUUGUCAUCUCGUCGAGGAACGCGCAAAGAUGCAACCAAACUACCAUCACGUGUACCUUGAGUUGGUCAAGCUAUUCGAAGACAGGUCCCUAUGGAGUGAAGUCCUUCGAGAGACGUAUAUCAGCGUGGCCCGCAUGCUAAACUCAGAGGCCACAAUGCAAAACUCCACUGAGAGGACACAUCUAAAGAACCUCGGUGGCUGGUUGGGACUUCUGACGCUGGCCCGAGAUCGACCUAUCAAGCACAAAAACAUCGCCUUCAAACAGCUACUGAUUGAGGCACACGAUACUAAGAGGUUGAUCGUCGUCAUUCCCUUCGUCUGUAAGGUCCUGCUACAAGGUGCCUCCUCGGCCGUGUUCCGACCUCCCAAUCCCUGGCUAAUGGACAUCAUUCAUCUGCUUAUUGAGUUGUACCAUAACGCGGAACUUAAGCUAAACCUGAAGUUCGAGAUUGAGGUUCUCUGCAAGGGCCUCAACCUCGAUCACAAGAGCAUCGAACCUUCGGGUGAGAUCCUCAACCGCCCUGUGAUUGAAGAACCUGCAGAGGUGCUACCCCAGGAACAGAUUGACGCCUUUGAAAAUCUGUCUCUGAACGGCAUGGGCUCUGCUGUUGGAGCAGGACUAUCUCCUCAAGCUAUUGUGCCGACCAUUCCCGACCUCGGUCCAUUGAUCAACAUCCCCCCAACUAACGAGAUGGUCGUCAGCGCUACCCGACUUCACGAGAUUGUUCGCACUGCCCUUAGCCGGGCUCUCCAGGAUAUCAUUCAGCCUGUUGUGGACCGAUCUGUCACGAUUGCUGCUAUCUCCACACAGCAGAUGAUCCACAAGGACUUUGCUACGGAGCAUGACGAGAACCGCGUGCGAACCUCAGCUGUCAACAUGGUCAAGGCCACUGCUGGUAGUCUGGCCCUCGUCACCUCCAAGGAACCCCUGCGAGCAAACUUUACCAACUACAUGCGCAAUCUCUCAAAUGACCUUCCUCAGGGUCUUCCGGAGGGCACCAUUAUCAUGUGCGUCAACUCUAACUUGGACUUAGCCUGCAACAUUAUCGAAAAGCAGGCCGAGGAAAGGGCCGUUCCCGAGAUUGAGGAGAUGAUUGAGCCCGAGCUGGAAGCCCGCCGCCGGCACCGCCUCCAGAGGCCCAACGAUCCAUACUAUGACUCGGGCCUCAGCCGGUGGGCCAUGGCAAUUCCAAACCCUUACAAGCUGUCUCCCAGCACGAGCGGCUUGAACCCCGAGCAAAUGGCCAUCUACGAGGAUUUCGCCAGGCAGCCUCGUAGCACAGCUAUUCCUGCCCCCUCGCAUGGCCCUUCUACUUCUGAUGCGACCCGAUCGAUUGCCAAUGAGGUAUUGCAAGAGCAAUUUAACACCAUGCCUAACCUGCCAACGCCCGCCGAGACACCAUCCAUUCCGCAACACUUGGGUGCUCAGAUGCAACCAUAUGCACCUCCCCAUACAGCUGCUGCGAACAACAUGGCCAACGGACGAACACCAGCGUUCCAGAUGGAUGUGCGAGGCCUGGCCGAGCGAGUUAACAAGCUACUUCAAGAACUUCUCCGAGUCGCAGGUGAAGCGCGCGAGGAGCACUUCUUGGGUCUUCCAAGGCCCCAUCCUGUCCUAGAUGUUGUUGAUGCUCUUGUCCAGCUAAUCAUCAAGACGUCACAGAACUCAGAAGAGUUUGCGAUUUACGCCGCCGAGCAGAUCAGCGCGCUUAUCUUUCAACAGGUCGAGGACAACUUGACGCUCGAGAGCUUGGUCCACGUUCUGGAAACUCUCAGGAAGAUCUCCGGUCCGAGCCUCAACAACCGAGUCCGCGCUCUUUUCAGCCAACAACCCGGCCCUACAUUUCUGAGCCUGCCAUUGCUUGCAGCCUUGACCCGGACUGACCUGCUGGAUUGGAGGAACAUCGACCUUGCUAUGUCCAAGGCACUCCUUGCUCGCAAGGAGGGCUCUCUUGACUUUUUGGAGCACAUGCUUGACCUCGCACUCCUGAACAACCGCCCGAUUGCCCUAUAUGCCGACUUUGUUAGAACCCUGGAAGCUGCCUGGGCUUGGAUCUGCGAGGAUCCCACCUCGACUGCUGGCCAGCGGGUCAAGAACAAGCUAACUGGCUCCGGGCUACCCCGACCAUCCCAGGUCGCCGAUGACCAGGCCACCUUCCGACAGGACCAGAUGGAGUAUGUGUUCGAGGAAUGGGUUCAUCUCUGUAACAACCACAAUGCUUCUGAGAAGGCCACUGUUGCCUUCGUUCAACAGUUGCAGGUCAAGCAAGUCAUCCGUGACCGAGAUGACUUCUUCGUGUUCGUCCGCACUGCCAUCGAUCUCUCCGUCGACCGCUUCGAGCACAUCCUGCACGCCGGUGCCGUUGGCGACGCAUAUGUCAUGGUUGAUUCCUUGGCCAAGCUAAUUGGCACUUUCAUUGGCAUGCAGCCAGAGACACCAGGUUCUCGGGCGUCGUUUGUAGACUCUACACUGGCACUGAUCACUUUGGUGCUUAACCAUCACCAUGUCAACCGUGGAGAGCAACUCAACCAGAGGGUGUUCUUCCGACUUGUGUCCAUGGUACUCCAUGAGGUCCAUAUUAUUUCCGAGGACCUUAUUGAAGAGGAGCGUCGCGAUGUUAUGCUCAAGAUGGCCACUAGGUUUGCAGGGAUGGGACCUACCCAUCUUCCAGGGUUCAUCUACGCCUGGCUCUCUCUCAUCCAGCACCGGGCUUUCCUACCGGUGCUCCUCCAAAUGCCCGACGGCGCCGGAUGGGCAGCUUUUGUCGACCUUGUAUGCCAGCUCCUCGACACGCUCGGGGAACAGCUCAAGGUAUUCGAGGUGUCCAAUGUUGCCAAGGAGAUCUACCGCGCCACCCUCAAGCUUCUCGUAAUUCUGCAACACGACUUCCCCGAUUUCAUUGCGGCCAACCACGUCAAGCUCUGUGCCAGCAUCCCACCGCACUGCACCCAGCUACUUAAUGCUGUUCUUGCUGCUAACCCACAGCAGAGCCCCAAGCUCGCCGAAACUCUUCCUCCCGGCGCCAAGGCCGACCGACCAGGGGAGGCCAGAGUCAGUCCUGGACUAAUGGACGAGGCGGCUGCGAUUCUCCGAGAUGCCGGACUACUCAGCGUCCUGGACCAAGCCCUAGGAAACGGCCCUUCAGAGGAGGUGGUGGCUACCAUCACCCACGCCAUUACACACAACCCGCCUAAGGAGACGACUUAUGGACAAAUCCCCGUCAUGGCAAAUGUGCAAGUCAUUGGAGCUGCGGUCAUCUACAUCGGACAACAUGCCGCAGAGCAGGCGGCCCAGGCGGGCACUGCUGUGACGGUGUCAGGCGAGGAGGCUGAGGUCUCAACUUUGUCUCUCCUCAUUCACGAGCUCUCGCCGGAGGCUAGGUAUUACCUGCUGGCUAGUAUGAUUAACCAGCUACGGUUCCCCAACGCCCACACGGAUUUCUUUAGCCAAGUCCUCCUGUACAUCUUUGGCAAGGACCUCAACGACCCGGAGGAUUCAGAGAUCCGCCAGGAGAUUACUCGAAUUCUACUUGAGCGCCUCAUCGGAUUCUGGCCGCAGCCAUGGGGCCUGAUGUGCACCGUUCUGGAGUUGGUGAAGAACGAGAAGUACAUGUUCUUCGAUCUACCGUUCAUCAAAUCAACCCCAGAGGCUGCCGAACGAUUCGCUCAAGUGCUCCAACGAGCUUAAGUGACAUAACGACUGUGACGGAUGGAGGCGCAGUGAAAUAGGGAGAUAAACGGUCAUACAUGAACCAUGCCAUGGCGAUGAUUUCUGGAAUCAGUGCAGUACAUCGUCGAGAAAUCCAGGGGGCGUUGGUAAACGGCUCUCUCGGAAACUAUAGAUGAAGUGCCACCGGCCACCGGCUGCCUUGUCUGGGGGGACGAGGCACCGGGGCCAGGACACACGGUAAUACUGUAUUAAUGUACGAUAAAGUAGUUUACGAGGUGUUGAGAAAAUACUAGGCGCAUGAUUUUUCACGAAAAGGAAGGCAUCCAAGAUGACAAAAUGGCGGUACGGAGCGAGUGAGGU